AUGACGACUUCGCUGCUGCUGCAUCCGCGCUGGCCGGAGAGCCUUAUGUACGUCUAUGAGGACAGCGCGGCGGAGAGCGGCAGCGGCGGCGGCGCGGGCGGAGCGGGGGGCGGCUGCAGCGGAGCGAGCCCCGGCAAAGCCCCGAGCAUGGACGGGCUGGGCAGCAGCUGCCCAGCCAGCCACUGCCGCGACCUACUUCCGCACCCGGUGCUGGGCCGCCCGCCGGCUCCCCUGGGCGCCCCUCAGGGCGCAGUCUACACGGACAUCCCGGCCCCGGAGGCGGCGCGCCAGUGUGCCCCGCCGCCGGCGCCCCCCACCUCGUCCAGCGCCACCCUGGGCUACGGCUACCCGUUCGGUGGCAGCUACUACGGCUGCCGCCUGUCGCACAACGUGAACCUGCAGCAAAAACCUUGCGCCUACCACCCGGGCGAUAAGUACCCCGAGCCGUCGGGCGCCCUGCCCGGUGACGACCUGUCCUCCAGGGCCAAGGAGUUCGCCUUCUAUCCCAGCUUCGCAAGCUCCUACCAGGCGAUGCCUGGCUACCUGGACGUGUCGGUGGUGCCUGGGAUCAGCGGGCACCCGGAGCCGCGUCACGACGCGCUCAUCCCCGUCGAAGGGUAUCAGCACUGGGCUCUCUCCAACGGCUGGGACAGUCAGGUGUACUGCUCCAAGGAGCAGUCGCAGUCCGCCCACCUCUGGAAGUCUCCCUUCCCAGACGUGGUCCCCCUACAGCCCGAGGUGAACAGCUACCGGCGCGGGCGCAAGAAACGCGUGCCCUACACCAAGGUGCAGCUGAAGGAGCUAGAGAAGGAGUAUGCGGCCAGCAAGUUCAUCACCAAAGAGAAGCGCCGGCGCAUCUCGGCCACCACGAACCUCUCGGAGCGCCAGGUCACCAUUUGGUUCCAGAACCGGCGGGUCAAAGAGAAGAAGGUGGUCAGCAAAUCGAAAGCGCCUCAUCUCCACUCGACCUGACUCACCCCUGGGCCGCCCGCCCCGUCUAUUUAUGUCGCCGAUUUGUAACAUAUCCAAACCCACCGAAGGACGCUCCUCGGGUGCAGACAAAUAUUUAAUAUUAACCAGAAAGAGGAACUGCUCCCGGAGGCUGAGAAUACCAGAGGGUGCGCUCUGUCGCCCUCUACUCCCCACCCCCCUCCUCAACCCCCCACCACCCCUGUGCACAUGGGACCUGCCGCCCUCAACUGCUUUGGAGGUGGGUCCGGGUGGACUGCGGGAGGCAGGCGGUGGCCUCCUCUCCCUCUGACCCUCAACCCCCUCCACACCCACCUGCCUUGCCAGAAAGCCCAGUGGCAGCGAAGAGCCUGAUUCCAGCCAAAGCAGAGUUGGGGAACGCUGAAGGACCCCAUUCUUGCCUCAUCCUUUACACAGGCAGGUACACGACCCUUCUGAGGGUGCGGCCAGGUGCAGGACCUGGCGAGCUCCUACUUUCCUCCCAGUCCCUCCUCUGCUCCCUGUCCCUGGCACUCCUUAGUUAGGCAAGAUUUCCCAGUUAAGAUUUUCUGUGCAUAUUUUAAAAGUCACAUUAAUAUGAAUGAUAAGUAUUAGGGAUCUGGCAUCGUGAUUGGAGUACAGACCGGACAGCGCUUAGGUUUUCUUUCUUUCCUAUCCGUUUCAACAAAAGCUGGAACUGGCCAAGGAGCUACCUACCCCUGCCCCCUCUCUCAACCAAGAGACUGAGUUUCUCUGGAGCCAGUGCUGGCCUCCUCCAGCAGUUGGUUCUGCUUCUCAGUCAACAUGCGGAAAUCCCGGGAAGACAGAAACUCCCACCACGCUGCUAAAUACGUCUUCUCUCUUUCUCUCUCUAUAGUGAGGCUGAGGAUCAGGCCAGGCACAGAAGCGGAGUGGUUUUGUUUUGUUUUGUUUUGUUUUUUGUUUUUCCUAGGGAAAGGAUGAGCUUCUCUUCCAAGGGGAUGGAGAGCGGGUCCCCCAGCAGAUUCCCUCUCCAGCCGCUUCUCCAUCCAGGCAGCAGCUGAGAAGGCCUCACACUUUCACUUUUACUCAUUGUCCAGAGGAAGGCAGUUUUCCUCCAGGAGGCCAAAAUAACUGGCUCCCAAGUAGCCAGCUAAUGUAGAUGCUGCCCAGCAUUUCCCUGCUCAAAGGCCAACUUGGUGCUGGGGAGUUGGGGUCACCUUCUCCUUUCCUGCUGGCGCAUUACAAAUCAGUGUUCUUUUGAAAGUCAUCAGAAAUAGGCUUUUUAAAAAAUAUUGUGUAUCUGUAUAUAGUAUUGUGAUGUCUGAAUGACAAUGUACUGAAUGCAAAAAGGAAAAAAAAAUAACA